GCUGCUUACUGACCGGUUAGGGAGCUCCUGAAGAAAGAACGGUUGAAAGAGAUGGAAAGAAGGAAAACAGAGGUGGAACAGAAAACCGCCGCGGCAGCAGAGGAUUCAGGCAAGUCAGAGAGCAAGAAGGUGAGUUCAGAUAACAAAGAAAACAAUUCAGAGAAGGUGGAUUCAUCAGAUAGAAAAGAGGGCAGUUCAGAAAGCAAAGAGGAUAGUUCAGAAACCAAGGCUGAAGGUGACAAGGAAGCAUUCAUCGACCUUAGGCCACUGACGAUGGAAGACCUGAGGCAGGCCAAGAAUCAGGUUGCAGCGAGCUUUGCCGCGGAGGGUGCCGUCAUGAAAGAACUGAAGCAGUGGAACGAACUCUACGGCGAAGGAGGGCCGAGGAAGAAGCAGCAGCUGACCUACUUCUUGUAGAAGAGCUGGUGAACAUUUUGCGCAUGUCAGUACACCUUGGCAUAGAAGUUAUGGUGCAGAGCAUGAGCUUGUUGGUGGGGAAGGAGAUUAGGACCUUGGAUUGAAAUUCCUAGAGAUGGUGGUAUUGGAUCUUGUACAAUUCUUUUAUACAAACAAGUAUGGUAGUUAUUUGCUAUAUAUUGUAGUCGGUUUGUUAGUCUGUGUGUAUAUCUGAAUUGAUUUCUAGCAUGAGUCAUUUAGGCUGUUUGUAAUGUAAAGGACAACUAGAAAUAUAUGUCGGCUAUUCUUAAAAAACAAAUGUCAGCGUUAUUUAAGCAUCUUUGUAUAGGAAAUCGAGCUGCGCCGAA